GUGCACCAGAGGCUCUCUUCCUGGCAGAAUCUGGGAGUUGUUUAUUGCAGUACUGUUGUGCCCUCUGAUGAUGUGACAGUGGUUUAUCAAAAUGGGUUGCCUGUGAUAUCUGUGAGACUACCAUCCCGGCGUGAACGCUGCCAGUUCACGCUCAAACCUAUCUCCGACUCUGUUGGUGUGUUUUUACGACAGCUGCAAGAAGAGGAUCGGGGAAUUGAUCGAGUUGCAAUCUAUUCACCAGAUGGCGUUCGAGUUGCUGCCUCAACAGGGAUAGACCUCCUCCUCCUCGACGACUUCAAGUUGGUCAUUAAUGACUUAACGUAUCAUGUACGGCCACCAAAGAGAGACCUCUUAAGUCACGAAAAUGCAGCCACGCUGAACGACGUGAAGACUCUCGUCCAGCAGCUCUACACUACGCUGUGCAUCGAGCAGCACCAGUUAAACAAGGAAAGGGAGCUCAUCGAGAGAUUAGAGGACCUCAGACAGCAGCUGGCUCCCCUGGAGAAGGUACGAAUCGAAAUUAGCCGAAAAGCUGAGAAGAGGACCACUUUGGUGCUAUGGGGUGGCCUUGCCUACAUGGCCACACAGUUUGGCAUUUUGGCCCGGCUCACCUGGUGGGAAUAUUCCUGGGACAUCAUGGAGCCAGUCACCUACUUCAUCACUUACGGAAGUGCCAUGGCCAUGUAUGCGUAUUUUGUAAUGACGCGCCAGGAAUAUGUUUAUCCAGAAGCCAGAGACAGACAAUACUUACUAUUUUUCCAUAAAGGAGCCAAAAAGUCACGUUUUGACCUAGAGAAAUACAAUCAACUCAAGGAUGCAAUUGCUCAGGCAGAAAUGGAUCUUAAGAGACUGAGAGACCCAUUACAAGUACAUCUGCCCCUCCGACAAAUUGGUGAAAAAGAUUGAUCUGCGAAGAGCCUGUGAAUCCUGACAGAAAGAACACCUGUUUAUAACUCUUGCCUUUUUAAUUAAAGUAUUGCAGGUGGAAGCUGGGAGCCAUGGGGGAGUAGAGGGUUUUUACCUUUAAUUAUAAAACAAAAAAGAUCUUAGGGAAGAAAGGAAUGUUAAAAUCUGAGGGUCGGGAAUCAUGGAAUAUAAGCUCAAAGGGCUUGGUGAAUCUUGUCUUAAUCACGCAUCUCAGAUGUUGGAUGAAAUGACGCAAUUAUGUAGCUGAGAGAUUUGUGAAGAGAAAAUGACGCUGGGGUGUUUGUUUCUCGCAUCUUCUUUGAAGGGUCAGCAAAACAGCAACCACCAGCACCCCACUGAGCUCUAUUUUUUUUAUUUAACAUUUCUUAUUUUUGACAUAGGAGUAAAUAAAUAUACCGGAAAAGGAAAUCCUCACGAUACACAGGUGGCAAACAGAGUCUGAGCCUGUGUCAUUAGCAUUAUUCUAAACUGGACGCAGUCUCUGCAAAGGCACCAGAAAUCCCGCCCUCCUAGUCCCCUUCUCUGACCACUACCUUCCCCCUCGGAUACACUAAUUUAUCCAAAUGAUUAUCAGAGCCAAGUUAUGACUGUUUGAUAAUUGACACUUCGGAUUAUCCCUUAAUUACUUCUUAAAUGUCUAGAUAUCCCAGUGCUCCGGAUCAGUACCUAGGAAUCAUUGGCAGUACUGCAUGAGGUUUUUCUGUUUUGUUUUGUUUUUUAUUCAUUAGUCUUUUAGAGGAGAAAGAAUUUCCCUCCUACCCCACUGAGAAACCCCUCUCCCUGUACCAGGUUACGGAAGAGUGUGCAUCUGUGUCACCAAAUCAGGAAGAUGUGAGGUUUACAGAUUGGCUAAAACAUCAUGGCUCUGUAGCCGUUUCAGAACCAGAAUAAUGUCAUUGCUGUUAAUCUGCUUGUGUGACAGUAUCCCAGGCCACCCUGAUGGCACCGCCGUGUCUAGGGACUUCGUUAAUCUCUAACGACACACACUUUUACAGUUUGUGAGUCCUCCUGCCUCCACCACUGCAGUCAUUGUAAAUCAAGUGUGCGGAUCUCAAAGGGUGCAAUUUAUCUUUAUACAGGAAUACAUUUCUGCAGCUUCCUCCAGCCUACCCUCUCCACCCUAUUUUUUUUCUGAUCUUAAAUUGUGAGAAAGAAGAAUUAAUCUUAUAUUCUAUCAAAAUGUUUUCUACCAUAUUUCGAGCCAGCACCUGCCCUGGAAGUCAGAGAAUCUGUUAAUACCCAUUUAUAGCUGCGGCGGGGGCAGGACGGCAAGGACACUGGCUCUUCUUCCAGUGAUUCAUCCCUCCUCGUGUGCUAAAGGUUUCUUCUCUUUUCUUCCUGCAUUGAGAUCAUUGUAUAUGAAGAGGAACACUUCAAGUGGCAAACCCAGACUCCAGGUGCCUUGCAGAGCUGAGGGCCAGCCAGGGCUGCUGCCGCUCCCGCUGCCCCCCCUCGCUGGCAUGACGGAAUGACAGGAUGCAUGUUGCCCGUCCCCAGCCCCCCUCCCACCUCCUUCCCGGUCCAACUCCCCCAACCCCAUUUAUUUCGUUGUGUGGAUUAUUUUUAAACCAUUUAUCCUGUUCGUGCGCAGGGUUUUUAAGAAGUAGCACAGUGCAAUGAAGAAAUCCUUUGGGGGUGUGGGGGCGGCAACGGAGGGAGGACCUGGAGAAAAGUCCUUUCAACAGUAGCAAAAUAUUGAAUGUGUAAAAUCCUGUAUCAUUUAUGAAAUAUGUAUAAAAAGCAAUGUACCGUCUGGAACAAUAAAUACUUACUCAAUUUUUGAA